AUGGCGUCCGUACCACCCCUCCCAGCGGCCCUCGCCCCAUAUCGCCCUUCCGACGCUGCCGCCCUUCUCUUCCGCUCCCCCUCCUCCUCGCCCGGGGUCUCGCCUGCUUCGGCUACCCGGCGGCGCAGGUUCCCGGUGGUUGCCUCGGCGCGCGAGAUGCCGUGGCCGCACGUGCUGACGGUGGCCGGCUCCGACUCCGGCGCCGGCGCGGGCAUCCAGGCGGACAUCAAGGGGGUCCAUGCUGUGCCGGAGGAGUUCGUAGGGGAGCAGCUCAGGUCGGUUCUCUCCGACAUGUCGGUGGACGUGGUGAAAACAGGGAUGCUCCUUCAUCUGGAGUUGUUAAAGUUCUCUGUGAGAGUCUUAGGAAGUUUCCAGUCAAAGGCAGCUCUAGUGGUAGAUCCAGUCAUGGUGUCCACCAGUGGUGAUACUCUUUCAGGACCAUCUACUCUCGCUACAUAUAGGGAUGAACUGUUUUCUAUGGCUGAUAUAGUCACUCCUAAUGUGAGAGAAGCAUCUAAGUUACUUGGGGAUGUAUCAUUGCAUACAAUUUCUGACAUGCGCAAUGCAGCUGAAUCCAUCUACAAACUUGGUCCAAAAUAUGUGCUUGUGAAAGGUGGAGAUAUGCCAGAUUCAUCAGAUGCAAUUGAUGUAUUAUUUGAUGGUAAGGAGUUCACUGAGCUUCGUGGCCUGCGUAUAAAGACCCGUAACACACAUGGAACCGGUUGCACGUUAGCUUCAUGUAUUGCUGCUGAAUUAGCAAAAGGUGCAACAAUGCUGCAUGCUGUUCAGGUUGCGAAGAAAUUUGUGGAAUCUGCUCUUUAUCACAGCAAAGAUCUUGUGAUUGGAAAUGGACCUUAG